ACAGCCGUCACAUAACUACGUCAGCGGUGAAAAUCACAGUAGCGGCAGCCAUCUCAUCACACACCCCUAACACAUACGAGAACCGUUGUCACCUAACAUGCAUUCCUCCUGAUCUGCAUGGCCAUAAUUUCUUGGUCGUUCCUGUCCCGCUUGACUCAAUUCGGACUUCAACACUCAAAAGUCGGCAGUUACUGUCGCUUUCUCACUAUACCACUCUCUACCCAAGUCUCCGCCUAGCCCUUGGGUACCCUGAGUCUCCGCCAGUCAUCGACAGCAUAUCCUGAGACCUCCUGUUAUCAACACCAUGUCCAUAUCAUCCUCUCCUCCGGACCCCUCUUCUCGACCGGAAGCCACCUCCGCCCCCACACCAAACGAGCCAUUCCUCCCCUACCCAUUCACACACGCACAGCCCGCUCCCUUAUUGAUCACACAAGGCGCCGAAGCACUCCUCUAUAAGACACAUUUUCUAUCACCGGAGACUCCCGCAGCCCUAAAAGCCAGGCCAAGCAAAGCAUACAGACAUCCUAUCCUGGAUGCGCGGUUGACCAAGCAAAGAGUCCUAGCCGAGGCCAGGAUCCUCGUGAAGCUGUCCGCUUUACGCGGAGAUAGACGGCAUAAUGACGACGCCCAGGUCAAUGUCCCCGCGGUCCUGAGCCUGGAAUGGGACGUUGCAAGAAAGGUUCGCGGCCUGCAUGCCGAGCAGAGGGGUCCCCGCGGAGCGAAUCAACCUGGAGGCGGCGCUGGAGCAUGGUUGCUCAUGGAGUGGAUUGAGGGAACCACGGUCAAGGAACUCCUAAGACGCUUCGAUACAUGGAGACGGCAUGUAGCGAGUGGUGACACGGUAGGGGCCGAAGAGAUUCAGAAGCAAGAAGAUGAUAUCAAACAACUCCUUCGCAGAAUCGGCAGGGCCGUGGGAAAUAUGCACCACCGGGGCGGCGUCGUCCACGGUGAUCUGACCAGCAGUAAUGUCAUGGUCAGGCCCCUGACCACCAAUGGUCAACUGAACGAGGAGACACGCGAUGAUUUACAGGUGAAUGGUACACAACAGCAGGAGCAAGAUCUCGACAGCACAAGGGACACCACCCCGUCCCCUCCGGACGUAUCUGGCGAAAUUGUCCUGAUUGACUUUGGCCUUGCAACCCAAUCCACCCAAGAAGAAGAUCGUGCAGUCGACUUGUACGUCCUAGAACGUGCAUUCGGCUCCACCCAUCCACGACAAGAACAUUGGUUUGAUACCGAGGUUUUGCAGAGUCAAGAUGGUUAUAGGGGCAGCUUCAAGGGUGCCAACGUCGUACUGAAAAGGUUGGAGGACGUCAGACUCAGGGGCAGGAAGAGAAGUAUGCUUGGGUGACGGAAGCACCGCACUGUCCCAGAAAGAAUAAAACUCCCCUAAAAUUCACAGCCUUGUAUGAAUCACUGCUCAGUCCACCUCGACUACGCGGCUGUAUCAGUCACGUCGAUCCAGGCCCGGUGUCCUCGGUCCAACGGAUGUAUCGCUCAAAGAAGAAAAUUUAGCGAACCUACGCUACUCCAGACGUUCAAAAGGCAAUGUUCCAUCGCAUCGGGCACCAAUUCUAUUUGCAAGGCUCAGAAAACCAACCUACCAACCAACACCAGUGCUUGGAUUUUAGAAAGCGAUCCAAAUUCAGCAUCACGAGACAGUUGCUAUCUGCGCCGCCUCCGGCCGCGGUUCGAUGCAGGUGCCGAGUUGAGCCAGAGCAAAAUAACCCUUGUUCUCAAUCACUCCACGGUUCUUGACCACAGCCGUGUAUUUAAUCACCCACUGCGGCUCAAUGUCACCCUUCAAUCCUGGCUCCUCAUCCCCAGCAUCAGGUUUCGAUGCAAUGAUACCAGCACCAUCCUUGCCCGGACCUAGCAACUCUCGUGUUGUCCCUGGAGGGAGAAUAUCCGUGCAGUCGGCAUGCGUAAGGAGAUCAAGUUGGUUUUCCUUUGCAUACACGAUCAAUGGUUGCGGCACCACGCAGCAAUCCUUGACGUUGAUCUGGUUGACCGUCGGUCGCACUUUAACUUCUGGCAGGAAUUUGUCCAGCCUCUCCGAACUGAAUUCUGAUACACCCAGUUGCGAGAUGACUCCUCUUUCAUGAUAUUCUUCUAAUGUCCGCCAUGCCUUGAGUUGUGCCUCCAGUCCUUGUGAUUCAUCUGUGCUGUCGAGGCUGGCAUUCUCAUUGUCCACCGACGAAUCCUCCUCCUCUCCAUAGUCAUCAGCGUCAAAACUGACUCCUGGAUAACUUACGAUCAAAAGAUCGAUAUUUUCAAUGCCCAACUCUUUUAAUACCAAGUCAAUGGCCUCCUUCGUAUGCUGUGACCGUCGAGAAGAGGGGAUAUUUGGGAGGUAAAAGAGUUUGACCGUCACAUCGUACGAGUCGCGAGGUUCUGUCAGAGGUGUCGGUCUCCACGUAGGGAUCUCAAGGGUAUCCCCAUCAACUGUAGUCCAUUGAGUAUAAUCUGAUGGAGAAUUGGUCCC